AUGGAUAAGUUAAAGUUGAUUCCGGAAUCCUUUCAGCAGCUCACCGGCCUUCGUUCCUUCUCGCUACAGUCCAAGCGCGUGAGGCGCGUGCCGGAGCAUGUGGUGGGGGCAAUGGUGCGACUGAAGUCGCUGUCUCUCAGCUGCAAGUCCAUCCAGAGCCUGCCAGACGCCAUCUGCUCCCUCCCCCUCUCCUCCCUCUCCAUCCUCUCAUCCCCUGUAAUCGCCUCCCUUCCUGAAAACCUCGGAGCCCUUGUACUGCUUGAAACGCUAAAGCUUUGCAAUCUGCCCAAUCUUCAGUAUCUGCCUGAGAGCGUGGGAGAUCUACAGCAACUGAGAUUGCUGGAAAUCAGCCAGCUGGGUCUGCUGCAGCUGCCCGAAGAACUGUGCACGGGGAGUGUGAGACACAGCCUGGAGGGGCUUUACCUGCGCGACUGCAGUGGACUGAGGCAGCUGCCUGCCCAGCUGGCCAUGCUGACGCGCCUGGAGGAGCUUGAAAUCACCUCCUGCUCUCGCCUCGAGUCCCUAGAGCCAUUGCUUGCUCCCCCAUUGGGUCACAGCACAGAGCAGCCCACCGCACAGCAGUCAUGGGGCCUGGCGUCCCUCACCAGCCUGUCACUCUGUAGAUGCUCGCGAAUCCCCUCGCUCCCUGAUUCCUUCUCCACGCUCUCUGCCCUUUCUUCCCUCACCCUCACCCACAUGCACGGCCUCUCCAACCUGCCAGAAUCCCUCGGGCAGCUGGAAAACCUCAGAAUCCUGAAGCUCCAAUACUUGGAUAAGUUAUCUGUGCUGCCCGAGUCACUCGGGCAGCUAAAAGAACUUGAAACGCUGGAGCUGUGCUAUUUGCCGGAGCUGAACUCUCUGCCCGGGUCACUGCGCUGGCUGCCAAAGCUGAAAGAGCCAUUGCUGAUCGAUGUGGGUAGGAUUGCGGACCUUCCGGUGUACGGCGUGGCCAUUCCGACGGUAGAGGGAAUUCGCAACGUGCUGCAGAUAGUAGGAGCUUCGCGCAAUGGCGGACGGCACGUCCUCUGGCACAGCAUGCGCGAAGAACCAGUCAUCUACAUCAAUGGUCGCCCCUUCGUGCUGCGCGAGGUUGAGAGGCCGUUUACGAACCUCGAGUACACUGGCAUCAACCGGGCGAGAGUGGAGCAGAUGGAGGCUCGGCUGAAGAAGGAUGUGCUCCGGGAGGCAGGCAGGUACUCCAACAAGAUCAUGGUGAGCGAUGAGCUGCCUGACGGCCAGAUGGUGGACCAGUGGGAGCCCGUCGGCCCUGACUCCGUGCAGACGCCUCUCGAGGUGUACGAGGAUCUGCAGAGGCAGGGGUACAAUGUGGACUAUGAGCGCGUGCCAGUCACAGACGAGAAGGUGCCUGAGGAGGUCGACUUUGACCUGCUGGUGAGCCUUCAGCCCUCUGCUGAGGAUGUAAUAUCUUGUAAGCGAGAUCUUGUCGUUUCCUUUGUCAUCCAUUUUGUUUCUGCCUACCUCUCUCUCGUCUUGCCCACCUGUCUCCCCCCAUCCCUGUCGCUCUGCACUUCCUCCUCUCUCCUCCACCCAAUACCUCCCCACACCCUCUCUCUCCUCCCGCCUCCUCCCACGUCCCUCCACUCUCCCCUCCCGGUCCGUUCUCUCUCCGUGCGCGUGGCAGGUGGAGAGUCUGAGUGGGGUGGACGAGGGGACGGCACAGAUCUUCAACUGCCAGAUGGGGCGGGGCCGCACCACCACUGGCACUGUCGUCGCCACCCUCAUCUGCCUCGCUCGCCGCUUCCCCUCCCGUCAGUUGCCAUGCCAUGCCGCAUCCUGUCGCCCUCAGCGGGCGCCAGCAUGCUGGCCAAGGCGGCGUCCACAGCGGGCCAUGAACCAGGCGGGGCUGCCAAGCUCAUGCUGGGCACCACCACCCCAGGCAAGGCGCACGGCGGAGCAGAGGGGGCAGCGGCGGCGGCGGAGGCAGCGGAGGUGCAGGCGGGGGUGGAGCGCGUGCUCCUGGCAGGGCAGUACGCGGUGAUCCGGUCGCUCACGCGCGUGCUGGAGGCGGGCAGUGAGAGCAAGCGACUCACCGACCUCGCCAUCGACCACUGCGCCUCCAUGCAGGUGACGUGCUGCCGUGGCAAGGGGCGAGACACGACUGGCGUGGGCAGAAGGAAAAGGCACGUUUCUCCCACUCAUUCCCUCCCGUUUUUCUCUCUGCGUCUCCAUUUCCAAUGCCACUACUCACUCAUCCCACCCCUGCUCCCACGCUCUCUUCAAAAUCCCCCUCAGAACCUCCGUGAGGCCAUCUUGGGAUACCGCAACCGCAUUCACCGGCACUCGGACGAGAAGAGGCGGCAGGCGGCACUGAACCUGUUUGUGGCGUACCUGGAGCGCUACUACAUGCUCGUCUGCUUCUCCGCCUUCCUGCACUCCCUCACCGCCCCCUCCGCCUCCACUCCCUCCUCCAUCACUACCUCCCAAGCCCUGCCCUCGCCCUCGCUGUCACACAGCAAGGCGGAUGACACCCACUCCGCGCAUGUGAGGGCGCAGGAGCCCCACACGCCAUCCAAGGAGCGGUUCUCGCUGCUGGACGGGUUGGCAGCCACGCAGGCGCUGAGGGACGCCAAGGGCGGCUUCCAGCGCUGGAUGAAGGCACGGCCGGAGCUCUACAGCAUUCUCCGCAGAGACCCCAUGGGAGCACUGGGGUAUGCGCAUCCAAAGCAGGCCAGCAUGCCGCGAGGCCUCUCCUUCUCCCUACCUCAUGCGGUCUCUUCCUCACCCACUCGUGAUGCUACCACUGCCGUCGCUGCUCUCCACGCACCUGCUCCCACUGGCGCGGCUUCACUGCCAGCAGUGGCAGCAGCGGGGCAGGGAGAGGGAAUGGAAGUGGAGGGGGCGGAGGUGGAGGCGGGGGACGUGGCAGGGGAGGCGUUUCGCAUGGCGGAGAUGGCGGCUGCCAUUGUGGAGGCGCGCUCAGGGGCCAUGCUCAGCAAGCAGGUGCAUCUGGCUAUGCGUCAGUGUCAACGUUACAUUCGCAGUUCUGCUACUGUCUUUGCUCCAAUCUACUCGUUUCCCUUUUCCUCCAUAAAGGUUGUAAAAUGCACAUGCACUCACCAUUCCCUUCCUUUCCCCCCUCCGCCCCUCUCCUGCCCUUCCCACAUUCACCUGCUUCCCCUGUCCCCUCUUUCCCCCCUUUCCUCACCCUCUCUCUCUCUCUCUCUCUCUCUCUCUCCCUCCCUCCCUCUCCGCCCUUCCCACUCCCUUCACGCCACCCAGACGGUGCUCAAGUCGGACCACUGCCCCGGCUGUCAGAACCUCUCCCUGCCGGAACUGCUGGAGGGCGCGCCCAACUUCCGCCAGGUGCACGGCCUGCCCGUCUUCGGCGUUGCCAACCCCACCAUUGACGGCAUCCGUGCUGUGCUGCGGCGCGUGGCGCACGCGGCAGGCAAGGGGAGCGGGGGCGCGGAGGGCGUGGAGCGGCGGGUGGUGUGGCACAACAUGCGGGAGGAGGCGACGGUGUACGUGAAUGGCAAGCCGUUCGUGCUGCGCGAGGCUGAGAGGCCGUUCAAGAACAUGCUUGAGUACACGGGCAUAGACCGGCAGCGCGUGGAGCGCAUGGAGGCUCGGUUGAAGGGCGAUGUGGAGAGGGAGGCGCAGCGCAGCGGGGGCAUUGUGGUGGUGGACCAUGAGAGCGACGCCGGGGAGCUCUUCCACGCGCUUGAACCCGUGCCCGCUGCCGCUCAUGGCGCGCAUGGUGCCUGUGUGCAGACCCCUUUGGAGGUCUUUCGUAUGUUGCAGCGAGAGGGCUUCAGAGUGGACUACCACCGCCUGCCCACCACGGACGGGCAGCCGCCCAAGAGUCGAGACUUUGACGCCCUGGCCACCACCAUCAGCAGUGCUGGCCCCCACGCUGCCUUCGUCUUCAACUGCCAGGUGCCAUGA